UGCAUCUUGGGAAGAGAUCUAGGUGAUUUCAAAAUGGCGGCUCGAAAUCUUCUCAGGGCUGCUGCUUCAUACAGACGAAAUCUCGCUUUCAGUACGACUUUUACUCGGAACCAAAGCAUAUUCACGAAGUACAGAGAACUGCCUAACGGUUUCCUAUUCAACGAGAAGCCCUUAAAACCAGGAGAGAAGAGAAAAUGGGAAGACUGGGAAGAGCCUUGGUACAGAUGGUGGGCUCUCAUUCUAGUUUCAAUUCCUGUUUUGUUCUACUACAAGCCUGAAACUAGACCUGAAGUAUGGGCAAGGAAGAAGGCGCACGAGAUAGUAGCUGCUCGUGACGCUGCUGAUGCUGAGGCUGCUGCAAGGGGUGAAUCUGUGGAUGAAGGAGAAGACAUUGGAGAUUUUAAACUGAGUGAACUUAGAAGACUUCCCUGAAACAUGUUCGUUUGUUGUAAUUAUAUAUAUUUUUACCAGAAACAUUUGAGGCAAUUAAUACAGUGAAUUUUGGCUAAUUGUGGCAAAAUGCAACUUCAGUUUGAGUAUAGUAACCUUUCCUUGUUAAUGGCUGUAAUCAUCUUGUGACUGGUUUUUAAAUCACAGUGCUCUAGUGAGCUGUAAUAGAUAUACCACCUGGUUUUUCAAAUUAAUUGAUAUUACACUUUUGUUGGAUGAGAUAAUCACAGACUCGUCAUUUCCACUAGGACGUCUAUUAGGAAAUUUCAGGAAAGAACAGCUAAUUGUUGAACUUGGCUUUACAAUCUUAAAAGUGCAAAGCAUUGGUCAACUUAGAUGUAUAAUGGGGUGAUGCAAAGCAUUUGCCUUUGUAUCUGAAUUUUCCAGUUUGUUGUCAUUGUUUAUUUCUGUGUAAAUACCACCCCAGGGGCCAGUUUCUAGAAGGUCCUGCUAACUUGACAGGCCCAUAAAGCUGUUCUGUUUUCAUUCAAAAUAAGGGUUUCAAAAAUUUUGAGAAUCAUGCAAUAAAAUUAGCAGCUUGAAAAACAAAAUUGACCAGUUAGGGUGCCAGAACCUGCUUCUUUAUUCUUUAACUUUUGAUGUUUUAAUAUGUCUUUGGGCCCAUUAAGUUGCUGGAACUCUCAAGAAAUAGGCCCUUGCAGAUAAUCACAACUUGCCUCACAAUGUUGUGUGACAAUGACAAAACAGUGGUAAAAGUGAAGUCAUAUUGGCAAAGGAUAAUAUUUUACAUGUGAUCUUUAAUAAUGGGUCGGUUAUUUUGUUCAGGUUUGUUUUGAUCUCAAGGUAACAUUUGUAAAUAAAUGUGGUAAAAAUAGAGGAA